ACUGAAAGAUAAUGUAAUCACCAUGACCCCAAGGUAGUCAGAUCUUCUUUAAAGUGGAUUACAACUCGGCAAACAAUUGACGGCUCGUUUCCAGAGCCAGGAAAAGUCGUCCAAAAAGAAAUGCAGAGUGGGUCUGCAAAGGGCGAGGCAAUGACGGCUUUUGUGCUCAUCUCCCUGGCUGAGGCCAGCAAUAAAUUUAAGGAUCUGGAUCCUGGAGAGCAGCAAGCAGGCCUGACGAGAGGGGGGGACAGGGGGGUCUGGUGUACCCGGGCCCGCGGCUGUCAAGGGGGCCCGGCCUUGUUGCAGAAUUCUAUCUCCAGAGCUCGUGAUUUCUUAGAAGCACGAUUGAAUGCACUAACUGACCCCUAUGACCUCGCCAUUGUGACGUAUGCACUGCACCUAGCUCGCAGUGGCAGCAAGGACCUCGCUUUCCAACGCUUACAACAAAACGCGAUAACAAAUAAUUACACAAAGCAUUGGGAAAGGGAUCCUGCGACAUCCGCUCUAAAUAUAGAAAUGACGUCAUAUAACCUCCUGACCUACAUUUUGCGAGAGGACGUGAAGGGCGCCAUGCCUAUUCUACGUUGGCUGAUGGAACUGCAGGGUCCUAAAGGUGGUUUCAUAUCUACCCAGGACACAGUUGUCGGCCUCCAGGCUUUGGCGGAAAUGGCUGCUGCAAACCACAAUCCAGUUGCCGUUCCUUUAACUGUCACAGUCAGCUGGAACUCAGGAGGACAGGCAUUCAAGAAGGACUUGAGCAUCGAUGACUCCACAAAGAUGUUACUUCAAACCGUAGACGUGACCAUUGUGAGCAGCAACAUUCCACCUGAAGUACUAAUUUCAGCUUCUACUAGCGGUACUUUUACUGGAUUCCCAGAGGCAAAAGUUGUCAUGCAAUACAACAUUAACGACUCUACAACCUCCGAGAUCUUCCAGAUUACCUACCAGGUUGUCAAAGCCAGUGCUAAGAUUUUCACUGUAGUCGUACAAGCUAAGCGUGUGGAUGGCAAGCAGGGAGGCAUGACUCUUCUGGAAGUGGGCAUCCCUACUGGCUUUUCUGUUGACACCACUCAUCCCAGCUAUUCCGUGCCUAACUCCAAGCUGCAGGAACAAGGUCACAGGAAGUACAUCUUGUAUUAUGACGAAGUGAACGCCAGAGGAGUGCGAGCCUCAUUGCCCAUGUCUGUGUCUCAAGGAAUCCCCGUUAACACCCAGCCUGUUCCUAUCAAAAUCUACGAUUACUACGAACCAGGUGGCAAGCAGCAGCUAACUGUAUACUACCAACUGUCGAAGAAGAAGGUCUUUGUCUGUGACUCCGUUGCAAAGUACAAAGAUUGCUCGUCUGGCAGCCUUCCAGGAUAAUAAUCAUUGGGACUCGUCAAAAUCAGCUAAAAAUAGAGAGGAUUUUCAAUGCUCUUUUAAAACUGUUGUGUACCUAAAUUAGAUUACUAUUGUUGUUGUUUGUAGAAGACUUGCCUCUCAAUACGAUUUUCUGCAGGAGUUCCUUAUUCAAACACGUGACUACAUAGCUAUGUACUAAACUAGUGAGAAUGAUGACGAUCAGUUUUAGGAAGACUAUUGCGACUGUAACAUAUCAUCAUCAUAAACUCAAUAAAGAGAUGAUAUGAGGGUGGAAAACAAACGUUUCAGUUCAGUGAGAAGGACGGUUUACAAAAGCAUGGUUUUAUUUUGUCUUCAUUGUUGAAAUAAGUGAGUGUAGAGAAAAGGGGCUAAAGAACCAUAUAGUGCAAGUUGAAAACUAGAUACCAAGUAAUUUUGAACUCUUAUGAAUAUAACUUUCUUGAGAACAUUACAUGAGGUACGUAGACUAUAAAAUAAAAGUUACCAAUCAUCAGCCUCACAUACUAGUAUGCCAUUAACAAAUACAUCUCUGGUAUCUAAAGCAAACUAUCUUCAGCACGAUUAAAGGAAAGCUUUCAUCAUAAAAAAAUCACCAAUCAAAACUACUUUAUAAAACAUUCGAUACCUGCUAAUACACCGACGGCUAACUCCUUAGGAGACUUACAAAAUCUGAAAGUGAAGAAAUAAACUUCACUAUUCCUGGUGGAAAACCUCUACAACAAGCAAUUUCAACACAAAAUAUAUAGUCACUUACAAAGCAUAACUGCACAGAAUUCGUCAGUAUUGGUUAAAAUAAAUUACAAGAUCAAAGAAACAGAAAACACAAAAUCAACAAAAAGUGUACUAACACAAAAGAAAACGAAGUAAUAAAUAGUCUAUCUAAAUAGAUGGAGUUUCUCUCGUUUCCUGUAUUCCUCUUUCUCCCUGUCUUUAGAAGACACACAACAGAGGCACUGAAAAAAUUUCAAGACGACGGAUACAUUCCAUGUUCGUUUGUUACAGAGCACAUAUAUAAAUUAUGAUAUUAAAGAACGAUGUUUCUCAA